AUAGGUGGGAAUUUUGUUUCAUUGCCAAGCUUGUUUUUAUGAUUGUCAGUCCGUGUUGUCGGAUUAUUAGAAGUUGCUGUGGGAGCAACCGAGGAACGUUUCACUCUCGCUUGGCUGCUUUGUGUCCUUCAUAUAUCAGAAUACCUAACAGCCACGCUCGGAUAUUUGUUACAAAAUCUAGAAAAACUAACCGUCCUAGUUCAUUUAUUUUUGACACAAAAGAAGCUAGGCAGCGUAAUUCAGAUUCAUCAACAGUGGGUUCAGAUCUGGAUGAAAUUUUAAAGGAUCAAACACCAUCAGCACAACUUCGACUAGUAGAUGCCUAUCGUAGAGGCUUUCAAUCGUCAGCUGAUAGUGAAAAGUCGUCAACUGGAGCGCAGAUAUGGAGGACACUGAUUUUCAAGACUCUUCUUUUUGGAGUGGUUUCUUGCUGCACCAUAAUGCUUUUUAAAAAAACGCUUGGUACGUUCCCGAAAUUCUUGGACCAGAAUGUAGGGUCGUUUGCUGAAAACACUGACGUUAACUUUAGUGACGUUCAAGGAGUAGAUCUCAGUUUUAUUAACCAAAAUUUCAGUGUGAUGAGGUCAAAAAGGAACUCGUGGAUGUUGUUGAGUUUCUUCGAAACCCUGAAAAGUUCAAUCACAUUGGAGCUAAACUCCCUAAAGGUGUUCUCCUUGUGGGUCCUCCUGGAGUUGGUAAAACCUUACUCGCUAAAGCGGUGUCUGGAGAAGCUCAAGUUCCUUUCUUAUAUGCUUCUGGGAGUAGUUUCGACGAAGUCCUCGUUGGACUAGGAGCUUCUCGUAUUCGACAACUUUUCACCACUGCCAAACAGAAUGCACCAUGUUUAGUAUUUAUUGAUGAAAUAGAUUCUGUCGGGGGAAAUCGGACAUAUUCUUCUCAUCAUCCUUUUGCGAACCAGACAAUUAACCAGCUUCUCGCAGAAAUGGAUGGGUUCCAGUCAAGAGAAGGAAUUAUUGUUUUAGGUGCAACAAAUCAAGCAGAAGUCUUAGACAAGGCUUUAUUGAGACCUGGUCGUUUUGAUGUCCAAAUUCAUGUAUCACCACCAACUUAUGAAGGCAGAAUAGCUCUUCUAAAUCUUUACUUAAAAAAAGUAAAAGCAGGCUCAAAUAUUGAUGUAGAAAAGUUGGCCCAUGGAACAGUUGGAUACACUGGUGCGGAUAUACAAAAUUUGGUUAAUCAAGCUGCUAUUGCCGCUGCACUACGUAAUGAUCCUUUUGUUGAAAUGCACCAUUUGUGGGAUGCUCGUGAUCGACUAAUAAUGGGACCGGCUAAACGUCGUCCGUUGGAUGAUCAAACUAAUCGAGUGUCAGCAUUUCAUGAGGCUGGUCAUGCUUUAGUAGCAUUGUUGACUGCGGAAAGUAUACCACUACACAAAGUUACAAUUAUUCCUCGAGGUGAGGCAGGUGGUCUUACUAGUUUUCUACAAGAGAAAGAUAUUAGUUUUAUGACUCGUGCACAAUUAUUAGCUCAAUUAGAUGUAUUGAUGGGUGGUCGAGUUGGCGAAGAAUUAGUUUUUGGUGCAGACAAAGUUACCACUGGUGCAGCAGAUGAUUUUCGAAAAGCAACAGUUUUAGCUCAAAAUAUGGUUAAACGUUUCGGUUUUUCAAGUAAAAUUGGACCAAGAGUUAUACCAGAUACUCAGGAUGACCAAAUUGGUCAAGCUACACGUGACCUGAUCGAUAAAGAAGUUGACCAAUUACUCAAUGAUUCUUUAACUCGUGUACGUACUUUACUAUCUAAUCAAAGUAAACAACAUAGACUUCUAGCUGAAGCAUUACUUCAUUUUGAAACAUUGACCAAAGAUGAAGUGAUAGCAGUAUUAGCUGGUAAAAUGAAACCUCCAAAAACCCCAUCAGUAACAUCAAAAUCAACAACUCUUUUGCCACAGUUAGGUUCUUCAACAUCACCUGAAAUUCAUGUAUAAUUGUUCCAUUAAUCAUUGUACAUCUUGUUGAUUUUAUUUCGUUUUUGUCCAUUUAAUCGAUACUUUACACACAUUUAUUUUCUUCAAACUUAUCAGCUCAUUUACAAAAAAUUCCAAUCCUUCAUUGAGUUUUCUUUUUUGCUUCUUGUUACAAUUGGUGUACUAUUUUAGUUAUUCUUCUAUCAUUUUCUAAAUUGAAUUUAUUUACUCGUUAUACUUUCACCCUUUACUCCUUCCACUUUCCAGAGAGAGAGAGAGAAUACUGUAACUAUUCCCAAUGAUUGUUAUAUAUGCAUAUAUGUAUCUAUAUUACAUUUUAUGCUUUAUAAAUGAACAAAUAAUGAUAUUUACCUGAAAUGUAGAUGUAAUAAAUGAUAAAGCUGUAAUCUACCUGUUGAAUUGAUCGACUUCUAACUUUAUAGCCAUACAACCACGUAUCGUGAUUGCUCAAAUUUGUCGAACAACCGAUUAUUUAAAAAAAAAUAAAACCUAAUUACUUUUGUAGUCGAAAUGAUCGUGCAUCUGAGUAGCUGCUUGAAUGCUGGCGGUGGCGUGAGUGAUGAGAUGGUCUAAUGUAUGGUGAAAGUCAGAGUGGCUUGUGUCAAUCUGGAUCAUCUUUGAUUCCUUUGUGAUGUUAGUCUGGCUGUGAAAGUUCGGGUGUACAACGUGUCGGUUAGAGGAGUUUUGUUGUAUGCUUGUGAACCCUGGCCUCUCCGAGUUGAGAAUGUUAGUCGACUCUGUGUUAGACCAUCGUUUUUUCUGAGGAAUUGUUGACCUUCAAGGACAACACCAUGUUAGUAGUGGGGAGGUUCGAUAACGUGUGUUCACGGCAGCGACGGUAAUUCAGUUGGUGUCACUAUCUUGAAACAUCGACUUCGGUGGCUUAAACACGUACUGCGAAUGUAGUGCCAACGAACUCCACAUUGUUUACUAUUUGCGGAUGCUUGGACUUGUUCGAAAAAAUUGGUAGGUGGUCAGUGUAUUACAUGGUGUUAUACGAUGAAAGAAUGCUGAAGAAGUAUGGCAUCUGCAGGACCUUCACGACUCCCUUUUUGAGGUGCUACACCACAGUGGCUUGUGUUGCCAUUAGAAAUGGCUUGGAAUAGAAGCCAGUGGCGAUCUGGAUAUAACUUUUUUCAUCAGUGAUCGUAACGUCUUUAAUUGAAAGAAUUCUUCCUGGUUGCAUUUUUUCUGAGUUACUUCUUUUGUUAUUAUUUAUUAUUUCACUCGCAUACACUAAUUCCUGUUCACUGUUGCUCUUUUUAUGAAGUGAUUUACUGUUGGCUUGAAUAUAUGUAUUUCAUGAAAUACAGACUUUCUAUUUGACGGAAGCAUAGAUGAAUCGUCUUUGAAGUUAACGAAGGUACUUUAUCCGUUUUGAUUGUUUGUCCUAUUCUAAAUAUGGUAAUAUUUCAUACCACUCAUGUUCAUCGUUCUUUUUUUCGGAUCAUAUUCUGUAUGUUUAAUAUUAUUAUUUCUCCUCUUAGCCCAGUGUAUAUGAAUAUCUCCUUUUAGAUUUCUAAGAGUAUUAAUCCUAUAUAACUUAAAAGAUGAUACUUUAUAAUCAUUACUAAGGAAUUAAUUUCUUCGAAGUUACUUUUGAGAGUGAUACCUAUUGAUAUGUCUGCGAUUUCAUGAUUAACUGACCUUAUUUCAAUCCACUUAGAAAAGUUUGUAUUUGCUGCUUAUAGUUUAAGUUCUCGGUAACUAUUGCACAAUCAAUAUUCGCUUCUAUUUUAUUUGUCAUUCAGCGCUUUAUAAACUGCAAACAUGAAAUGAAACGAUUCAUAUUAGAUAUCUUCAGCCAGUAAACGUAAGUUAUGUGAUAAGUGAAAAUUCUCCAUUACGACUACGAUUAAGAUGUAAAAUAUAGGUGGAUCAUGUUAUAGUUUUAUUUGAAUGAUUAAUAGAUUGUUUGAUAUAAUGUUAAGUAGGUUUGAAGUGGUUAUCACUGUCAGAUUUUACAAGAUGUAGUGUGUUUACAUCAUUCAAUGGUUGGAGUUAGUUGGAACAAGCCAAAUUUCGUGUUAGUUUGCAACCGCCAGUAAGAUUUACCUGCAAUCUGGAGGUGGCUGAUGUUACUUGAUGAUCUCGAACUCGGGUCACACAAUUUUAGAAGUUGCCAUUGAGGCAUUAAGACUUCAGUUGACCUUCUAUAGUGAAUACUGAGUGGUCGAUCAACUGUUUACUUUCAUUUUAAAAGUAAUCAUUGGUGAUUUCCUGUCUCAAUAAACAAUUAGAAGUUUACAGUUUGAUACUUCUAACAUCUGAUGAACAGCAAAGUAUUAAUAAUGUUUUCAACAGUAGGAAAGUUGUAUCUAUUCUUCAGAGUAGAAAUCUACUUUUUCCCCAUCGUGUUUGCAUGAAUUUCUGAAGUUAAUAGCACAGAAUUUCCAUAACAUUUUACUCCACUAUUUUCGCUGACGGUGUUAACCUAUGAAAUAUAUCCUUUCAUAGUCUCUUCAGAUCACUUUAUCAGUUGCAUAAUAGUAAUCAGAAGUUUUGAGUCAAGAGCAAGUCUUUCUUCAUGACUCAAUCAUCUCAAUCCAUGGAUGUAAGUCAUGUUUUUGAAAUGCCCACAAGUAUAACUAUCCAUUAAGCUGAUUAGACAAAAGGAAAAACGAAUUACUUUGAAAGAUUUUCCAUUUAGUGGAACUUUCUGCCUGGUCACUUAAUUGACUGCUGAUAUAUGACCCCUAGUUUGACACACACACGAAUGCAGAUGAUGUGACCUCCCACUACGCAAAGAAUAAAUGGAGUCUUUAAUCCUUAAACAACAGUAAUAAUAAUUUAUUGAUCGAACUGGAUUAAGAAAUUGUAAACUAAUAAGGUUUUUCAAAAUGCAACAGCUACCUGGUCAUUAAUUAUCGAUCAGGAAUAAAGAUGAUGGUUUUUACUUUCAUAGCACCCAGCCAUAGAUAGUUUUCUCUAUCAUUACAUGUUUGUUAUAACAUCAUUAUAAUUCAGGCAAUCCGCCAGGAGACAAGUUAUACUAUUGUCCGAUUGUAGCAUGCCACUUUGAUAUUCUAAAAAGCUUCAUCACGUUUUGAUUAGAUGGAAACUCUUCAGCUCCUUUAGGGCCUCUGGUAGCUCCGUCGUAAUUCUCGGAAGCCGUCCCAACACUUCCCCAAAUAAGAUUCCCUCCUUGGGUCCACUUGUAACCUGGCAGCCGGUUUUUGGUGGUUUCAUUUUUUACUGUUUUUCUUGUCCAAGUCUUCUUUUCAGUAUUCUUGGGCGUAUAUGUCGUUGAUGUAUCUGAGAUUAACUCUUGUGGAAGACUCACCUGGUUAUCUUGGGUGUGCAUCAUUUUUCAAUCUUGAUGGAUUUGGUUCGUGUGCCUGAUACAUGUCCCAAAAGCUCCUCGGACUCUAUACACAAUUCUUCCCAAUCUUUGUGUGAUUUCUGUCGGUUCCCGUUGAUUCUCUCCGUGGUGGGACUUAACAAACACUUUAUCGCCAGCAUUAGGACUCGCUCUGUGCCCAUCCACCAUUUUGGGUGGUAACAUGGCGUUGAGAAUAGUUUGAAUAUGUCUUCCAAACAUGACUUCAGCAGAGGACUUCCCACCUGGGACAGUUGGGUUCAGAGUAGUUCUGUAAGUCGUUAAAAAAUCCUAUGAUUACCUGUCUAGUUGGCGGAGAUAGAAGUAAAUAAUGUUCGCAGAUUUGCCGUUGAUGAAUUAACAGAAAACCUUAAGUCCCAGAUGCACCUUAUCUUAAACCUGACUAAUUUUAUGGAUUAUUAAUUUGGAUAUAUAACUGUAGAACCUGAUAAGAAAUUAUUGAAAAUAAUAUUCUUCGUUCAUAUAACUGUAUUCAAGAAUAAUUUGUACUUGUUUUAAAUAUACCUUCGUAUAAGCUCUAGUUCAGCAAUUUGAACACGAUGAUAAAUCCUACACAAAUUAAAUCAAAACUAAUAGUAUCCGAAACCCCUAAAUAGGUAGAUGUAUGUAUGCUAUGUGAUAAGUUGAUAAUAGAAAGACGAGUUCAUGUUUUCUUUAACUCAAUGAAACACGUUAAGACAUUCGUUUUCUUCCUAAAGUAAAAUAUUGAUAUUGGUUUUAUUCCUUCUUUACGAUAUCCAGUAAUAAGAUUGUUUCAGGUCAGCAUGUUAUAUUAAGUGUGAAUUUUGUUCAAUACGACAGUUAUAUUCUUUGUAUUAAUCAUUGUGAACUUCACAUGCACUUUACAGUAACACUUUUUUCAUUUAUAUGAUGCUUAUUAACUAGUCAUUAGGCUUAAGCGUGUGUAAAACCAGUGCAUAAAUGGGCAUAUUAGGUUUGUUAAUGAUGUGGUUACGGAUGACUUUUUUUUGGGGGGGGGAUGUCUUUUCAGAGAGUUGAUA